AUGGGUCGUUUCAACCAAGCCUUGCUUGGCAAGCAAGCCUGGAGGAUAUGGAGUCGACCUGAGUCCCUGGUGGCAAGGGUUCUACAGGGAAGGUAUUUCGCUAGAAGCUCUUUCCUUGACUGCGGUACGGGUACGAGACCUUCUUUUGCUUGGCGCAACAUCAUUCAUGGUUGGGAAUUAUUGAAGAAAGAUCUGUCUAAAGAGGACUCUAUCAGAUGGAGCUUCACAAAGGAUGGUACUUAUAGCACCCGCAGUGGUUAUCAGUUCACAGAUGCCUUGCUGGAAUUCCAGAGUCAGCAUAAUCAAGCUCUGCCACCGAUUGAGAAAAAACUAUGGAGUAACAUAUGGAAAAUCAAAGCUCCUCCCAAGAUCAAGCAUUUCAUAUGGAGGUCUUUAGCCGGUGCUCUAGCAGUUAAAGAAAGGCUUCAAACCCGAGGAAUCCCAAUUGAUGCUACGUGCCUCGGCUGUGGUGCUGCUAGCGAGUCCAUAUGUCAUGUACUGUUCCACUGUGACAAAUCUCGCCAAACUUGGGAAUUGUCAAAUGUCCCUCUCCCUCCUGCAGGAUUUUCAAGGAACUCAGUAUUUCUGAAUAUGCUUCACCUCAUCUCUGUCAUGAACAACAACAGACUAGAGCAGAAGAUCCUACCACCAAGGCAAAUAGUUACUUUGGCCUUUGAUGAAGCAGAGAUUUGGAUCGCAGCUAACUCUCUUCAGGCUGAAACAGAACAGGUUUCAAGUGCCAAAGCUUGGAGUAAACCGCCAGUGGGUGCUUUCAAAUGCAACUUGGGGACCUCCUGGAUUAAUGCGCAAAGCAAAUGUGGUGUGUCGUGGAUCCUCAGAGACUCACAAGGCAAUAUUAUCUCACAUAGCAGGAGAUCGUACUCCGCAGUAAGGUCCAAACAUGAAGCUAGUUUAAGAGCAUUAUUUUGGGCCGUUGAGAGCAUGAAAAACAUGAGGCAGAAUAACAUUAUCUUUGAAGUUUUGUUAUUUCCAAGACCUUCUCCAAACCUCAACUGGAUCGUUGCCCAGAUAAACGCCCUGCUGGAACAUAUUGAGUUCUGGAGACUGGACCAUGUUGUGGAGGAACGCAAUGAGGCUGCUAACCUGAUUGCAAAGUCGGUUACAACAAGGCGCAAGUACCACUCUUACAUUGCAUCCCAAGACCCGGCUUGGCUCCAAUCCUUGCUCAUACUUGAAGGUCAAAGCCAAUAA